AUGCAAGCCCGGGGAUACUCUAGACCGAAUGGAGACACUUUUCCUGCAUCCGUACGGCUGGGCAUCAUCCUGUUUGCACCAACAGAUGGAACAUCGAAACGAGAUCCCUGUCCGUUAGAGGCUCCCAACCGGUUCAAUCUUCCUUUAAAGGAGGGAUCAAGCCACUUGGGUCGGCUAGCUGAUUUCUUCCAUUCAUUUGCUUUAUCUCUUUACAUCACGGGUGACAUCUAUCUCAGCCGCGACACAGGCCCAGAUUGUGUGAUGCAGAUGGCUGGUUCACCUUCAUCUCAGCCUACGGCUCCCCAGGACGAUGCGGCUGGUGUCGAUGCAACUGUUCAAAAUGUUGCAACUCCCCCAGCCGCGACCUCUCCACCAGCAGUCAUAUCCGGACUGGUGGCGACGCCAAAGGCCAACGUCUUGUCGGAGCCAGCCGAGACGACUGAACCAACCGCAACGUCCGAGCCGGUCGCAACACCUACGCCAACAAGUCCCUUGGCAGUUCAAAGCUCGUCGCCGGGGACAGCAGCCACGCCGGCAGCCAAUACUCCCGGCUUUAUUGAAGCGAGUGACGAUGGAGCUAGUGUUUGUUUAUAUGCCUUUCCUGGACCAAAACGACAGUGA